CCACUCCCGAUCCCGCCAUAUCCCGGCGGCCAUUCCCCCAUGUAUAUAUACAGGUCGUUGUGUCUGUCCGUCAUAUUGUGGCCCUUGAGCUGUCAACAUGAAAGCUUUCAUUGUAUUCGCCGUCUGCGUUGUAUUGGCUCAGGCCCUGACGGAUGAGCAGAAGGAGAAACUGAAGAAGCACAGGAGCGAGUGCCUCGCGGAGACAAAACCCGAUGAACAAUUAGUGAACAAACUCAAAACUGGUGAUUACAAGACCGAGAACGAACCUCUCAAGAAAUAUGCCCUGUGCAUGCUAAUCAAGUCCGAACUGAUGACCAAGGACGGCAAGUUCAAGAAGGACGUUGCUCUUGCUAAGGUGCCCAACGCAGCCGACAAGCCCGCCGUCGAGAAGCUGAUCGACGCCUGCCUCGCCAACAAGGGCAACACCCCCCACCAGACCGCGUGGAACUACGUCAAAUGCUAUCACGAGAAGGACCCCAAACACGCGAUCUUCCUGUAAACCGGCAAUGAACAUCGAACAUUCGAAAUUAACGUAUUUUCAUUCGCAUCCAUGAAAAUCAUAUAUUUUACUUACCUUGAGAAACGUCACCGUCUCUGACGCUUCCGAAGUUGUGACGUCACAACGAGAUCUGUGACGUAAUUAUUGUACCAUCCUAUCAUUCGUAAAUGCAUCAGUAACACAAAAACUUUUUCAUUGAAUAAUCAAUGAUCGAUCAAAUUCAAAUUUAUUUCAUCGUUUCGUUUCAUCAUUUUCAAUCAUUGUUCAAAACGCUAAUCGCGUUUUGUUUUUACAUUGUGACUGAGUAACAAACAGGGUUUUGAACUAAAUAGUCGUUGGGUUAACACAAAAUACUUACGGGUUUACCGUUACUGCCUACACGAAUUUACUAUUAUAGUUCAAUAAUAAAAUUUUGAAUGUAAAA